AUGCAGCCCGAACAUGAACAACGUACGGUCACCGAGGACAGUGACGAGAAAGUUGAGACUCACGAAGUUAAACGCGUCUACGAGCAGCGGUGGUCCUUAUUCCAUCUUGCGCGAGCGAUACUGCUCUUCUUCAGUCCUCCUGUGCUGAAAGUCGUCGGACUCACGCCCACGAGUGUCCUUGCUGGUUUGUUCAUGUUCAUGGGCGACCAGAGUCUCUUCGUCAACCCUAUCUUAUACCGCACCUUCUACCUUCUAACACCCCCCUCGGAGCUACCACCUUUACCCAUCAUCUCCCUCACCAAAAGGGCAGAUUCUCCUGGACCGAUAACACGCAAGACACCAACCCAUCCUAUCUUCCCGUCCAUCUUUUCUUUCCGUCUUCUUGUGAUGAAGCGAUGGUGGCCGCGAGGGGUGCUCCGGUUUGUCGACGCGUGGACAUGCAGAGAAAGAACUCCCGAGGAUGAUGAGGAUGUCGAGUCUAAGAGACGUGAUGAUGAUGGGGGAAAUGGUGUGGAUGGUGUAAUUUCUAGCCGGUUGGGUGACUCGAUGAAUGAGCCUUCCAAUCUGCGUGCUAGAACGCAGGCUAGGAUGAAGAGGGGAGAUGAUAAAAUUCUGGCAGUGGAGAACAGGGAUAUAGGACAUAUGUGGGUGGAGUUGGGCUUUCGCACAAAGGCAGAUGAGGAGUUGGGGCGCCCGUUAGAAGGAUAA